CAAACAAAUCAUGCAGUUCACCGGCGAUCAAACUACCUCAAUAACGGUCACCCGUCCACUUCUCUCCUCCACCACAAACCACCCCCUUCCGCCGUCUCACUCUCUCUCUGUGUCAUUGCCAAACCAACAAAACUAAACAAUCACCACCACCGCCACAAUGGAGGAACACGGAAAAAUACACCCAAUCAAACUCCUAUUCCUCCUCCUAAGAAUCGCCACCGCUGCUUCCUCCUCCUCCUCCUCCUCCUCCUCCUCCGACGCAUCCAUCCUAACCAAACUCGCCGAAUCCCUCACCCCAGCCCCCUCCGGCUGGUCCGCCGCAAACCCCUGCGACUGGACCGGCAUCGCCUGCGACUCCACCGACCGCGUCACCUCCAUCAACCUCCCCUCCAAAUCCCUCGCCGGCCAAUUACCCCCCGAGUUAAACCAGCUCUCUCGCCUCAAAUCCCUCUCUCUCCAACGCAACCGCCUCUCCGGCCCCUUCCCCUCCCUCUCCAACCUCCCCUCCUUGGAACAAAUCUCCCUCGACAACAACAACUUCUCUUCCAUCCCCUCCCCUUUCCUCUCCAACCUCACAAGCCUACAAACCCUGUCCAUUUCCGAAAACCCCAAUCUACCCCCCUGGACCAUUCCUCCCACCCUCUCCGAUUCCACCACCCUCACCUCCCUCUACGCUGGUAACACAAACCUCUUCGGCGAAAUACCUGACGUAUUCGGCUCGUUCCCGAACCUUCAAAAUCUUAGGCUCUCGUAUAACAAUCUAACCGGGGGUUUACCCACUUCGUUUGCGAAAUCAGGGAUUCAGAACCUGUGGUUGAACAAUCAGGCUGUGGGGUUAUCUGGUCGGAUUGAUGUGUUGGGCUUAAUGCCGGAAUUGACUCAGGUUUGGCUUCAUUUAAAUCAGUUUUCCGGUCCCAUUCCGGAUUUAUCCGAGUGUGCUUCGAUGUUCGAUUUACAACUGAGGAAUAACGAGCUAACCGGUCCUGUCCCGGUUUCUCUGACUACUCUUCCUAAGCUAGUUAAUGUGUCGUUACAGAACAAUAGAUUACAGGGCCCGGAACCUAGGUUUGCUGAUGGGGUCCAGGUGAGUCUCGGAACGACGAACAGUUUCUGUAAUCCGAGUCCAGUACCUUGCGAUUCGCAGGUGAAUGUGUUGCUUGAAGUUGCAGGGGCAUUGGGUUACCCCAUGACUUUGGCUGAGUCUUGGACUGGGAAUGACCCUUGCCAAGGUUGGCAAUCUGUGUCUUGUGAUGCCAAUGGGAGUGUUACCGUGCUUAAUUUUGGGAAACAGGGCUGGGCUGGGACGAUAUCUCCAGCCAUUGCUAACCUCACAGGAUUGACUAGUCUUCUUUUGAAUGAUAAUAAUCUUACUGGAACUAUUCCUCCUGGAUUGACAAAGCUAGCGCUACUCCGGCUUCUGGAUAUAUCAAACAACAAUGUUUCUGGGGAAGUACCGGAGUUUGGCUCCGGUGUGACAUUGAAGACAUCCGGUAAUCCGUUUCUAGGAAAAGAAGUGGCAUUAUCAGAAGAUGGAAAUUCAAGUAGUUCGUCUGGUGGAACUGGAACUGGAACGACUGUUGGUUCGACACCGAGUAAGAAUAAGUCGACUGUAGCGUGGUGGGUAAUUGUUGCUACGAUUGUUGCUGCUGUGAUUGUUAUCGUGGUUUUGUCGUUGGUGAUUUAUAGGAGGUUUGUGAAGAAUCGGAAUAGCAAAUACGAAUGGAUUAAAAAAGGGUCUAGAAAUGGGACCAACAAGUCGAAGAAGAGUGAAGAUAGUGCUGUUAUUGAGUACGGUGGCUUUGGAAGUGAACUCCCAAGUCAAGGCAGUGCUGAUAAUAGUGAUAUUCAAGUUUAUGAUGGUAGCAAUGCUGUGAUUCCGAUAGACGUGCUGCGAGAAGUUACAAACAAUUUCAGUGAAGAGAACAUAUUAGGUCGGGGUGGAUUUGGGGUUGUUUAUAAAGGUCAAUUCCACGAUGGGGUGGUGAUAGCAGUGAAAAGGAUGGAAGCAACCAUGGUGAGUUCAAAGGGGAUGAACGAGUUCCAGGCUGAAAUUGCCGUUCUAUCUAAGGUUAGGCACCGGCAUUUAGUCGCACUUCAUGGGUUCUGUGUCAAUGGAAAUGAGAGGCUUUUGGUCUAUGAGUAUAUGCCUCAAGGAACAUUGGCCCAACAUCUAUUUGAUUACGAAGAAAUGGGGGCUUCCCCGCUUACUUGGAAGCAAAGAGUCGCAAUAGUGCUAGACGUUGCAAGAGGGGUGGAGUAUUUACACAGCUUAGCCCAGCAGAGUUUCAUCCAUAGAGAUCUUAAACCCUCUAAUAUUCUUCUUGGAGACGACAUGAGAGCUAAGGUGUCGGAUUUUGGCUUGGUUAGGAAUGCGCCUGAUGGAAAGCAAUCGGUGGAGACAAAGUUAGCUGGGACUUUCGGAUAUUUAGCACCAGAGUACGCUGCCACUGGAAAAGUGACCACAAAGGUUGAUGUUUUUGCAUUUGGGGUGGUGUUGUUGGAGAUAAUCACGGGCAGAAAAGCACUAGAUGAUACCUUACCGGAUGAACAAAGUCAUUUAGUCAGUUGGUUUCGAAGGCUACUCAACGACAGAGAUAGCAUCAGGAAAUCUCUGGACCACACACUUGAUCCAGAUGAAGAAAUGUUCGAGAGCAUAUGCAAAGUAGCUGAACUAGCGGGUCACUGCACUGCUCGUGAGCCAUUUCAGCGGCCAGAUAUGGGUCACGCGGUUACUGUCUUGGCUCCCCUUGUUGACCAGUGGAAACCAACUGCCCGUGUUGAAGACGACAGCUUUGGCAUUGACCUCCACAUGAGCCUUCCUCAAGCCUUACAAAAAUGGAAAUCUGGUGAAGGUAGUUUCUCAAUGAGCAGGAGUUUUCAAAAUGUUUACACAUCUACAACCACCCCAAGUGGACAUUCAGAUUUCGCGAGCUCUUUCAAGUUGAAGGACAGUAGCAAAUUGCCAUAGUUAAAUAGCAAGAGAGCUUUGUACACUGUUUACACCAUGUUUAUCAAUGAAUACUUCGAGUUAUUUUGCUUUUUGAUACUUGAGUUAUUUUACUACACAAAUCAUCUUUUUCAGUUUUUUUUUCUUUAUUUUUACUAAUUCUUUCUUUCAUAGUUGAAUAGAUUCCUCUUCUUCAAAAUUUGUUCAUAUAUCAAGGAAUACAAGA